UGACUCCUCACUGACUACUGAGUGGAAGACAAGGACACAAUACACUUUUUUGUCAGUCGCUAUGGAGGACUUUGUGUACAAUUUCUACGAGGAUUAUAGUGACAGAAAUGACUCGCGAGAAACCAAUCAGGUGGUCGAACCCGUUACGUUCACCUUCGACGGCCAUUGGUCGUACCUGACUGCAGUUCUCUUGGCUCUCAACAUUGGCAUCUGCUUACUGGGAAUGUGUGGCAAUGGUGUGGUCAUUUGGAUCUCUGGGUUCAAGAUGAGGAGGUCCAUCAACUCCACCUGGUACCUCAGUCUGGCAGUGUCUGAUUUUGUGUUCUGCACCCUUCUCCCUUUCAACAUCACGAACAUGGCCACCUCGAACUGGCCUUUUGGCCUUGCCAUGUGCAAGGUGAGCUCUUUUGUCCUGUUUCUCAACAUGUUCAGCAGCAUCUUGCUUCUGGUCGCGGUCAGCAUCGACCGCUGCUUGAUUGUCAGUUUUCCUGUGUGGGCUCUCAACCACCGGACUACAAGAAAGGCUUCUGCUGUGGUCCUGACCGCCUGGGUCAUUUCUGCUGCACUGAGCAUGCCUGCCCUGGUCUACCGCCAGGUCAAAAGUCAAGGGAGCGCCACAGUGUGCUACACCAACUACGCCGGCGCCCACAGAGCUGUGGCCCUCAGCCGCUUUGUCUGUGGAUUUUUCCUCCCGCUGCUUGUCAUUUUCACCUGCUAUUCCUUUAUCAUUGCAAAACUGAAAGACAAGCGAAUCAUGAACUCUUCGAGACCCUUCCUUGUCAUGUCUGCCCUCAUCGCCACCUUCUUUCUGUGCUGGACACCCUACCACACAUUUGUGCUUCUUGAGCUCCACCUUGAAGGUGUCAGCUCUGGGGUUAUUCACACGGGACUGGAGAUUGGCAGCACCCUUGCGGCUGCCAACAGUUUCCUCAACCCCAUCCUCUACGUUCUGCUAGGCAACGACUUUCGGAAGAAGCUCAAAAGAUCCAUGUUUCAACGAAUUGAGAAUGCUAUUGCUGAGGAGGGCCACAGUCGCAGUCCCGGGCUGUCCAGGUUGGCCUCAGUGGAGCAAGGACGAGUAAUGUUGUCAGGUGUCUAACUGUCAUUGCGAGGGCUGUGCUCCACACACAGCUACAGCACAUCGCAGCACAUUAAGUCUGAGAGUGACAUUUCCGGUCAUGGUUCACCUUAAAAAUUAAUUUUGGACAUCUUUAAUGGUUUGGUGUUUUGUUUUUGCCGAUGUCUGCGAUGCUUCUAAAAGAAAACAGGGCACAUAAAUUAGAAAUGGAAAAGAAACGUUGACCCUCUUGAUAGUGCUCUACACAACGUACAAUAAUAUAUUUAAUUUUAAACUGCAGUAUAAGACAUGAGCUGGUAACAACUGCUGUGUUUGCAGUCAGUUACGAACAGGGAUCCCUCCUUUUACAGAAUGAAUUCUAAAACUGUGCCAUUAUUGAAAUUUCCGCUACCGAGAGUUUAUUUCCAAUUGUUUCGAAUGGAGAAAAAUAAGUGUCCCCAGUCUAUCCAAAAACCCUACACAAAUUUUCCCAAAUAUCCCUGGAACACCGUGAAACACCUAUAUAACUAUGAUUUCAGAUCAGUUCUCCACAGGAUAAGACAUAAUCCAAGCAGGGAUCCCCUAAAAACGUAGAAUUUCUUGUGAACAACUUUCUAAAACUGCUCACUGCUGCUAAAAUGUGCAUACAUACCCUAAAAGCUAACAGCUAAACUUUUCCCGCAAUCCGCUCUGCUGUCUCUGCGCUCACAAACACAUGCCCUAACUCUAAACACACUCACUCCCCCACAUAGUGAAAAUCACACACAUUUAUGCACUAAUAGGACAGUACAGGAGUAUAACUGAACCGGCACCCCUAAUAAAGCAACAACGCGGAUUCGUGUUCACAUGAGCGCGGCCCAUCAGCAGCGUUCGCACAGGACUGGACCGUGUAAUCGCAUUUGCAGCUUCACGUUACGCUUUGCUGCUCAUCUGUCCGAGCGCUGAACGGUUCAACUCGGCCCAAUUUACUAGGCAGGGACACCAACUUGUGGAUUCUGAGCACAGAGUCAUUGGUAUGACUGGUGCAAAAUGCUGCGCUGCGGCAAUCGAUCAAAAACCGGCAAGGCUGUAAAGCUCACCUGUGGCCUAUCAUGAAUUCAACAAGCGCUUUAAAUCUGACCCAGGUACCGUCUUCAUUACCGCAGCGGAACUUACCUGAGACCUGCUGGCACUUAAAUACAAAGGUGAGGUUCCUUCCUCCUAUAGUGACAGCAGUUGCCCUGAGUUUUCUAGUAGCCCCCUGUGAAAUAAGUACACGAUUGUAUUGAAAUGAGAACAGGUAGAGUAACCUGUCUGUCUUUGCUAUAAAUACACCUCUUUGUGUAACUGAGUGAGGUGCACCCAUCACCGUUUACUGCACAUUCUGUUAUGUUCUUCCACCUUCUGUUAGAAUACAUGUGAGUUAAUGCUGAGGGAUGCAGAGACACACAGCUGGGGUUCCUCAGGACCAUAGGCACUGACACCUGCAUUAAUACUGCAUUGUGCUGUCAUACAUCUUCAUAAAUCAUAAUGAGGAAAACUGUAUGGAAAACAUGGUACUGUAGUAAAUAUAUGUAAAACUCAAGAGGCAAUAUAAAGACAUUAUUACUGUAGGUAUUUAAAUACAGGCAGUCCCCGGGUUACCAACAUCCGACACACGUAGAACCCGUGGUUAGGAACCACCCCUCGUAAAGCCUAUUAUAUUAAAAAUUCGAGUUACAUACGGUGGUUCGUAAUAACAAACAGGCGCUACUUUGUGGCGCACAUCAAAAUAUUGCACUUCUACGGUGGUUUGUGGGCUCGGGGGCACGUGAGCCCAAGGUAGGGCAAAUACUUCCUUAUUUUCAGUCGGACCAUGUUGCUGUUAAGAGCGUCUUGGAGAAAAGCGUGUGCCGAAUGAAUAAAUGUA